AUGUAUUCUAGUGCUGUCCUCUGUCCUCAGUCAAUUUAUGUUAAGAUGUAAUGGGUUCGCCUCCUUCUUCUCAUAAUUUCUACUGAUUUUUUCAACAUUUCUUCUAAAUAAAUAAAGUUUAUAUCAAGAGCUCGAGUUGCUCGGCGCUCUCUGUUUUAUAGUAUGAACUCUCUGGCUUUUUGUUAUAUCGAUGAACCAGUUCGUGCGUUCGCUGAAUUUCGUUUUAGCUUUCCUUUCUCAGCUAAAUUCGAACUCCGUUUCUUCCACUUUAAACCGCUCAAUAUUUACACGUCCACCAAUAAAUUAAUUUCUAGCGUUCUUUUUCAUCCUUGCCUAUUUAGAAUACGGUGUCAUUUGAUUACGUUCGAAAAAUUAUAAGUUUGGAAGUGCGCUUCUUUUCGGAAUGGGCUUUUAUUCGGACACUGGAUUUGAAUUCCUCUGAGUUCUUCACAUCGUUUUACUUGUUCGAGUUUACACAUCGAUCUGCGCAAAAAAGCUACCUUAUUAUGUGCACCAGAGCGGAUGCUUUCUAACCUAGAAUGUGAGAACCUCGGAGUAAGAUCAGCCUAUCGUUGGCGUUUUACUAAAAAUAUAAAGUGCACGUCAUAGGAUCCGCCAUUUUCCGGUCACCGAGGAAAUUAACGGAUCCGACUGGUUCCGGAUAUUGGAUCCUCCAGGAAGCAAUUAUCGGAACAGGAAGGAAUUAAGCAGAUUCCCAUCUCCGGAUCCGGAUCCGGUCGGACGUCCGAUCUCUAGAAAUCACCGGAAUUAAAAUAAUCCGAUCGGGCGACUUCGACCUGGAUAGAAUCCUACAAGGACUUAUUCAAGAUCAAUACGUUGAUUUGCUCGUAUGUAUAAAUAAGAUACACAUAUACAGCUGACAAAAAUAUAUUCAUUUCAGAAAAAGAUGACAGCAAUGCCUGAUAUCUCGCGAGAAUAGAUAUCAACAAACUGCAUGAGAUAUUAGUGAAACACACGAGAUUUUAGCGAAACAGCCGAGAAAUCAGUAGAAUGCCUCAAACAUUACUAAAAUACGCGAGAUAUUAGCACCAAAAGGGUGAGAUUUUAGUGAAUACCCUAGAUAUAAUACAUAGAAAAAUUUGCUAAUAUCUGGUGUACUCAAUAAAAUCUCACCUUUUAGUACUAAUAUCUCGCGUAUUUCACUAAUAUCUCGUGUGUUUUACUAAUAUCUCGUGGAAUUUAAAUACAUACAAAAAUUUGCUAAUAUCUGGUGUAUUCACUAAAAUGUCACCUUUUCGUACUAAUAUCUCGCGUAUUACACUAAUAUCUCGUGUAUUUUACUAAAAUCUCGUUGAUUCAGUAAAAUAUCAUCUUUUAGUGCUAAUAUCUCGUGUCUUCACUAAAAUGUCACCUUUUGCUACUAAUAUCUUGUGCUUUUUAGUAAUGUUUGAGGCAUUGUCCUGAUUUUUUGGCUGUUUCUCUAAAAUCUCGUGUGUUUCGCUAAUAUCUCGUGUAUUUUGUUGAUAUCGAUUUUCGCGAGAUAUCAGGCAUCCCUCAAGGAUGACCAUCAUUCUUUUUAUACAAGAAUAUCAACACAUAUCUGCAUUUGCGUAUGUAUAAUAUAAUCAAAAGAAUCAGAGUUACAAAAUAUAAAAAAACAAAUUUGAUAUUUUAGUCAUUGAAACGAAAAGUUGUUGUAUUUUGUAGAUAUAUUAGAUUUUUGUGUUUCUGAAAAUAAGAAAGAGAGAAAAGAGAAUGAUUUUAAUUCCACUUGUACUGGAAUCUAGUCGUGAAAGUAGUUCUAGCAAAAUUGUUUCCAACGGUAUCGCGGACUAUGUCGUAGGCGCUAGAUUGAGUGGAUUAUUUCGUAGAAUGAGGUCUUGCUUUUGUAUUCUGCUCGAAUUGCAGUUCUACGAAUAUCUGUUCAUGCCCACAUAUCAAUUAUAUAAUCAGUUUUGACGUUUUCGUGUCACCGAAUUAUAGCUGAUGUAUAGCUACGUUUAUCAAUACGUAAGAAAUUAAAUCAUCCUUGCGCACUUAAAACGUAACUUAUUUCGUGUAUAAAUACGUACUCACUGAAUUGUUUGAACAUGGACUCACACUUGAUGAUAAAUCCCUUUCGUUCUAUGAAAACAAAAUAUAAUAACAUUGUGAAAGAGUACUUCCUCGCUCGUUUUUACCAUUCGCUUUUGGAUAGCGAUAGUAAUCGUUUUGUCCACAUAAUAGCAUGGAAAUAUUUUAUGUUGCUUUGCUUGUUUUCCUGCUUUGCUCUUCAGAAAACUGACCUAUAAACAGAUGGAUGAUCUUAGGUAGAUAACGUAAUAUCACAUGAAACAGUAAUUUAUUUUUACACACGUAUUUUUGAACAACCUUCAGUAAAUCGACUUCGUCAAACUCGUUAACAUUUGACACUUUCAGCAAAAACUUUUUGAUAAAGUCAGGCAGUACUUCAUCAGCCACAAUGGAUUAUUUUCGCUUAUAUCAUUGAUAUCAAUCAUAAAUUUGCGUAUAGCUUGAUUUUGAGUCUGAGACAUUUCAUGUAGCAAAAAUUCUCUUAUUUUAUGGUAACGCUUUAUUUGUAUUGAGAGUUUAUAUAUACCUAGCUGAUAUUUUGUCCAGGCUGUUGAUUAUCUGAAUACAUGACAAUGAAAACAAGUUUUAUAAUGCAAUGCACAAUUGCGUUUUCCCAUAUAUAUAACUCAUGCUACUCUGUAUAGAUAAAACUACGUAUAUGAUAGAACCAUUGUUCCAGACACAAUAAGUACCGAUAUUAUAAGUUAUAAUUCAUACAUAAAAAUCUGACGUUUUUGCGAUUGGAUUUUGUCAGCGAUUUCUGAGCUCCGGAAAAACUUCAAAUCAGCUGAACGAAUUGCAUUGUAUGACAGAAAGAUCCCAGAAAAGUACCUUAAAUAUGUUUGAAGGAUUUUUACUAUAUUCCCUGUAGUUCAAACUAAGGCUGCAAAUAUACCACUUCGCUUCCAUUCUCCUUAAUUUUCGUUUUAUCCUCUCCGAUUUUCUUGUACGUCAUUUAGACAAAGACAGGACAAGAAUAUGUUGUUACUGGUCUUCUUAUAGGGUUUGCGAUGUUUACGUGAAAGAAAAUUACCGCCUAGUUAUUUCUUGAAACUUUAUCAUGGUCAACUAAUAUCAAGUGAUAACGAUACUAAUGAACCAGAUCCUUCUACCACAGCAUCAAGCACACGAUUACAAGAUUACCGACGGAUACGUUUACGUCGUUCAUUACAACACUUUCUAACAACAGGUUUAAAACCAAAUCGUCGAAGAGCUAAAGAAUAUAACCAUUGUAUUCGUCUAACAGUAAAUGAAUAUAAUUAUUAA